GUCGACGUAUUGAUGUGCCUUUAGAACUUAACAACUCUGCUGUCAUAGAACGAUUGCUUCGUAAAAAAUGGCGACACUUACGAAAGCAAUGCAAGUUUCUAAAGGCGUGCACAAUGUAACGAAACUCUUUACAAACUUGUCUUUAACGUCAAGUGUCAUUGCUUCUCCUAAACAUGAAUUUCGUGGCAGCACACCAUCUCUUUGUUGUGCAUUUAUACACAUUACGUCAGAACGUCGUGACCUAAUGGAAUUUUUUGAUGAACCAAACCAUUGGGGGAAAAAUGAAGUAAAAGUUGGUCGGUCUUGGAGGAGGGAUGAAUUGAGAUUAAAAAGCAAUUCUGAUCUUCACAAGUUGUGGUUUGUGUUAUUGAAAGAACGUAAUAUGCUUAUGACUAUGGAACAAGCUUGUAAAGAUGCUUUUGAGAUUUUCCCAAAUCCUGAACGUUUAGAUAAGGUCCAAGACAGUAUGAAUAACUUGGAGACAGUAGUCCGUGAAAGAAAUAGAGCUUACCACUUACUUGAGACUGGUGAGACAGGAGAAAGACCUGGGAGAUUAGUUCACAAUCGCUUAGGUAUGAGAUUUUUCUAUCAAAUGCGUCAGUAUACAAUUCCAAAAUUCAUGAACACAAAGUGGCACAAAUUGCACCAAUUUGGCUAUGGUGGAUUUGCAGUUCGAAAGUUCCUGCGAUUAUAUAGAGAAAAACUCUGGAAUGAGAAACGCAAAGCAAGAAAUCGUGAAAUACGUCGUGCCACCGUAUUACUAAGAAGAUUCCCGAAUAUGAAUCUUGAAGCUCUAAAAAAACAAUAUCCAAAUGUUAAUGUGGAAAAAACAAAAAUAUUUGACGGAGCAAGAAGCCAUACAGUACCUCAAUGAGCGCAAUGUUGAUGUAAUAGUGCAUUGUUGAACGUCUAUUAUAUAUGUAAAGAAUUUAAUAAUAGAAAUAGAUUUACUCUCUAGAUUUUACCUUUA